UAGGGUGGUAACGGAUAUAGUCAUUGUUGAUUUGUUUGUCAGGAAGUGUGAUUUUGUUAUUUGAAGGACGUUACCGGAGAGAACUUGAGGCUUUUUCCCCCGCUAAAAAAAGAAAAUGGCACAGCAAUUUAUUUCUGAGCUGCCCAGAUUACAUUCUCUGAUUUCAUCAAGGAUAUGGACAUUACCAAUGAAUUGCAGAACUAAUUUCAUUAGAAGAAUUCUACUUCCACCAAUUGAAAAUAAAUACAUGCAUUUGCGCUUGAGCUGGCCACAACAGUUGGUGCUAAACAGACAGUUUUCCUCUUUAUUUGCACCCAAGCAAAAUGAGGAAAAGUUCACAUUGAUCUACAAGUUUAAUGGAAUACAAUUCUGCAGAGUUGUUUCAAGAUUCAAGAUACUUCAAACAGCGUUAACUGUGUUAUUACUUCCACCUGUCUAUUAUUACUACAUGCUAGAAAAGGUGUCUUUCAUGUGUGCUAUAUAUUGCAGUGGAACUGCUGUCUUUGCUUCUUUAAUGUUAUACUUUCUAAGCUAUUAUCUUCAGAGAAUCAUAGGUAUGAUUUAUUUAAGUGGUACAGGUACAAUGAUAAAAGUUGCCCAUUUGACGUUUUGGGGCAAAAGAAGAGACGUUGUAAUUCCAGUUGCGGAUGUGAAAUCUUUAGAAGAAACUGGAGACAACAAAAAUGAAAUCCUUCUUGAGUUCAAACGAUAUAGCAAUCAAGAUUUAUUUUAUUUUACAAUUCGAUAUGGUCAUAUAUUGGAUAGGGAAAAGUUUUUUAUAGUAUUUAGAGGAUUACAUUGAUCCCUUCACAUGCAGAUAGGUAUUUGUAUGUUUAUGUAAUUAUUUUAUUUAUAUUGCGCCAACAUUUUCUGCCGGGUUUUUUUAAUAUACAUUUAACGUGUCUUCACAUGACAAACUAGAACCGACAUAUUAAAAUAAACUGAUAAAGUAGGUAAAGAGUGCCCUGCUCAAAAACAUAAAUAUGCAUUAGAACCCAUUGUAUAGUGCUGCAUAGUCACAAUAUGAAUCCAUGUAUAACUCUCAUCUCUAAAUGACCUUCUGUAGCCAAGCUGAUAUUGCACGUAUUGUUUGUGAUUUGUAAAUA